AUGCCGCCCCUCCUUCGCGCCUGUCUGCUCUGUCUCUGUCUCCUGCUGGUUCGAUUCUCCCGGGAGCAGACCGAAGUGAGAGAAGCCCGCAAACUGUGCGGCAGGCACCUGCUGAAAGAAAUCGUCAAACUCUGCGGCAGCUCUAACUGGAGCAACCUGGAGCUAAAGCACACCCCCACCACACGGCUGUUUCCCCAGGUCGAGGAAAGCGUCACCCCGAGCCAACUUGAAAGCCCCCACACCACUUUCAUGGUCUGGGAGAAGGACAGCCCCUCAGCCCCCACUUUGUCUCAGGAGGAAACAAUUAGCAAUUGGGUGAUGCAGUCACUGCCUGACUAUAAGCAUCAAAUGGACAACUUGCUACCUGAUUCGACAAAAGUUUUCUUUGCAUCACGCAAACUUAGUCCAUAUAUUCACAAGAUUCUAGAAAUUCAGAAGAAAAAUAAAAAUAGAAGCAAAGUUAAAACCGUAAGUCAUUUAUUUUGGGGGAAUCAUCCCCAAAGAAAACGCAGAGGAUACUCAGAAAAAUGUUGUCUUAGAGGAUGUACAAAACACGACCUUCAUAUUGCAUGCCUCCCAUAUCUUAAUUAUAAAACCUCAAAGAGAAGACCAUCAGUUGUGACUGAAAUAUACUAA